AUGGCCACCGACUCGAUCGACCAGCCGUGGGUCGCGCGGCUCGCACGAGAAGGGCUGUACAACGUCGUGCCUUGCUUUGGAUUCCAUCCUUGGUAUUCGCAUACUCUCUCUCUCGAGGACCCCGCGCCGGAAAAGAGAGCGCACUACACGGCGCUCUUUGGCGAAGGCGACGCCGAGAUGUGCGCGCUCUAUGACGCCCUGCCCACGCCGAGGCCACUACGCGAGGCACUCGCCGAGGUAGAGGCAUACCUCGAAGAGUUUCCAGGUGCGCUCCUCGGCGAGGUCGGCCUCGACCGCAGCUUUCGGCUACCGGAUCCCCGCGCGGAUGCGCCACACAAACUCACACGGCUCCAGACCCCGAUUGCGCACCAGCGCACAGUCCUGCGCGCGCAGGUCGAUAUCGCAUGCAAGCUGCGUCGCAGCGUGAGCAUGCAUAGCGUGCGUGCGGCGGGCCAGACGACCGAUUUUCUCGCAGAGAUGGCCACCGAGCCGUCGUUCAAGAUAAUUCAUCUCGUGCUGCAUAGCUGCACACUAAGUCCCGAGAGCAUCAUGGCGGUGCAGCGCAAGCACUCCAAUGUCUAUGUCUCGUUUUCCACUACGAUCAACAAGCGGCAGCCGAAAUUGGAGGCCCAGAUCCUGGCAUGCGACCCCCUGCGUCUGCUGAGCGAGUCAGACCACAAUACCUGUACGCAGCUUGCGCCACGCACGCACGAGGUCGUGAUGUACCUCGCCUCGGUCCUUGACGAGGACCCCGCGACGUACGGCUCGCAGCUCGCGGGCAGCUUUUUCAGGUUUAGAGCGGCAUGUUGCUAA